AUGGGUACACCACUUACAGAAACGGUUAUUAUUACUGGUGGAAAUGGGUUGUUGGGUUCAGAGAUCGCUAUCGAGAUCGCGAAGAAGCAACCUUUCGUCCAUCUAUUAUUGACGGCAAGGGAUAUAAGGACCGACGAUGUCCGCCAACUGAUGGGGAAGAUCCGCUUGAUCGGCCCCAGAUCGAUCGAGGUUCUGGCUCUUGAUCUGACCGAUCUGAAAUCCGUCGCAUCUUUCGCCAAAACCACUGUCGAUCGUGUUCGCCUCAGAGACAUUCCACCUGUGACCAGUCUGAUUCACUCUGCUGUUGCUACAUCUUACGUUAUUGAUGAUCUCACAUCAGAUGGCCACGAUCCUGUGUAUCAGACAAAUUGUUUAUCUCCAUUUUUAUUGACCAUUGGGCUGCUCGAGGCUUUCCGGGCUGGGGAUGGUACACCCAAAGGUGGAGCUAAAGUGAUCAACAUCGGCUGUUCUGCGAUAUCUUGUGGGAGAUUGGAUUACUUCGACCGCGACCAUGGAAGAAAUGGAAGGCUACCAGGAACUGCGCUGAGCGCAAAGGAAGAGAAUAUUCGUUUGGGGAGCAGCAAGCUAAUGGCGAGUGUCGCAUUAUAUGCAUUGAGGCGGAGCUUGGUCUGGACCGGCAAUAUAUCGCUUGAUAUCUUCACCUUGGAUCCAGGAGGUAUGACUGGCCAGAGUACUCUGCGGACCGGGGCGCCUAUGUCGGUCAGAGUCGCACAUCAGACUCGGUCCGGGCUUCGGCCAUUCCUGUGCAUGGUAUCCCGAAGCUCCAUGAAUAAGGCGAGUGUUCCGGCCAAGGCGAUUGCCAGAGUUGCAUUCCACAUCGACGCGGUGGAGAACUGGCAAAAGGAACGCUACUUUAUUCUCGAUAGCGACUAUGAAGCCGCAUCCGUCUUGCCGAGCUUGCGUGAUGGGGAAAAAGUGAACACACUAUUAAUGCAGAUGAUGCAAAUGAUUGAAGUGGAAACAAAGGAGAUGGAUUCUCCUGCUCCUCUUCGACCUCAAUUGAGCAUGAUCUCGCCUCCUACGCUUUCACUGUGA